AAGAUGGAAAGGAUAUUACUGAUACGCUUGAAAAACCAGGAGAAUUACAGAUCAAAGGACCUGGCGUGUUUAAAGAAUACUGGAAUAAACCCACAGCAACCAGUAAAGAAUUUACCGAGGGCGGAUGGUUCAAGACGGGCGAUGUGGCUAUCAAAACCGAUAAAGAGAAGGUAUUUAAGAUUCACGGAAGAUCCAAUAUUGACAUUAUCAAGUCAGGAGCCUAUAAAAUAUCGGCACUUGAAGUUGAAUAUGAAUUGUUGUCGCAUCCGAACAUUUUGGAAGUCGCUGUCAUUGGAAUCGAAGAUCACGAGUGGGGACAAAAAGUUGCUGCUUUGGGAUUAAAAUUGGAUUUGAAGCAUUUGAGAGAAUUUUGCAAAACGAAGUUGGCGUCAUAUAAGGUUCCCACCAUGUUAAAAGUUGUUGAUGAAUUACCAAGGAACGCAAUGGGAAAAGUUAACAAGCGAGAAUUGAUAAAAUUUUUUGAGUAG